AUGGACGAGUUAUUAGCAAUCAUUGUGAUCGUAAUCCUCUGUUGUGUGAUGUUUUUCGCAUGGUUGGUGUCGAUGGCGACAUGUCCAGACGCAAUGGUUUCGUUCCUGUCCGGGUCCAGGUUGGUCAUUAGGUUCAUUUUUGCGAAGUUCGCAGGCAGCAGAACGGAACGUGUUUUGCUACUAAUUUUAUUCAAGCGAUUUAUUUACCGUCUGAGUGUAAAUAGUUGGGUCUGA